CAUGCUGGUGAGGGUGUGAAGGUGCAGCGGCGCAAGCCAGGGGUGUUUGGGGCCCCAUGUGAAAUAGAAGGUUGUAGAGGGAGGGAGAGGAGUCAGCUAGGUAAGAUGAGUUGGCCUGCUGUCCUGUUUAUCGGAGGGAUGUGAGGAGCAGAGCAAAGGCUCAGCCAGGAAGGAAUGAGCAGAGUCAUCGGCCUUCGGAAACACGCCGCUCCGUCUUGAUUGCCCGUAGCAGCUGGGCCGGCACCAUAUCUGUGUGUGAGCGGGUACGCAGUCACAUAUGUGUGUGAAUACAGCGUUUUCAGUUGAAGUGAGGCGGUUUGAGGGUGGUAUUACCCUGCAUAUGUCUGUUCAGUCAUCCUGUCUUGUCGUGCCGGUAGCCUCCGUGGCAUCUGUGUCUCUACAUGUGUCACAACAGCAGCUGCCUUGCUUCUGUUACACACAUUCGGUUGCCAAACCUCGCUCUCACUACAUGUAACUGCUCAGGGUCAAAGGUUAGGGUUAGGUGACCGACCCAUGGCCGUAAAACAUCUUUCAUGUUGGUGUUUCCUAAACAUUUUCCACACUGUAGGUCACACACAUCUUAGAGACAAAACUGCAAGGUGCCGCUCACGGAACUGGUCUUUUUGGGCCUUUUGAGUUUUCUGGCCCAAGUUCAAAAUCCUUUGGAGUGAGGAUUAGAUUUAUUAGAGACUGUGUAAAAUUCUGAACAGUAAUUCCUCUUUUGCUCCAUACUCAGCUGGAAUUAGUUCCAGCCAUCACCAUACCUAAUAAUAGAAGACUUUUAUACCAAAAGAGAAAUUAUUUUAAGAAGAAACAGAGGGAGAAUAAUAAGAUGGUGGCAGGGUUUUUCCAGACCUAAGCAUUUAAUAUAAUAUACGAUGUCAAAUGUUUGUACAUUUUGGAACCACUGGUCCAUUAAAAAAAUAAAAAAAACUACCCAGAUUCAAAUUUUGGGAAAUUCUUCACAGACUAAAUUUAUGACCUUGACAGCAUCAUCGCUAAACCCAUCAAAAAAAUGUAAGCAAACGCCACUUGGACGCAGCCGAGGGGGUCUGCUAGGGUAAUAAGUAACUUGAUGUACACAACUGAAGCUGGGGUCUCUUUUGAACGGUGGGAAAGUACAAGUUCUCACCCUGUCUGCUGAUUUUGUUACCGUCUUCACACGUUCAAGCGCUCUAGUAAAUGGUGUCAAGUCAGUAAAUGUCAGGCACCAGGUUAGACCACAGCUAAAGGGAGACGGACAGAGUUCAGGAAUACAGAACUUACGAACACAAUAGGUUCCAAAGGCUGUUCGUAAGUUGAAUUGUUCGUAAGGCGUUAUAUAAUUACCAGUUAAGGUCAUUUAAAUGCCAUUUCUACUCUAAAUAUGAGUAGUAUCUACGUAUCUAUGUAAGUCGUAAGUCGAUGUUCGUAUCCAGGGGAACUGCUGUAUAGGAACAUGAACAACACUUUUAUAGUGGCUUUCACUUAUUGCUGUUUUAACAUCAGGGGGCGUCCAACAAGUAUAAGUAGUAUAAGUAUAAGUAAAACCUCAGCCUUGUUUUCACAGAAUUGCACUAUAUUGUCACUAUUACACGUUUUUAAACAAAACCUUUUAGCUUUUGUUAAGACUAAGACCAGGGGAAAAGAUUAAAUUAAAUUUCAAUAUUUUGUUAAACCUAAGAAGAAAAACUCUUUGCAUGCUACUGCUGGGUUUGGCUGUAAUGUCAUUUGUCCAACAUCAGGAUUUUGAUUGUGUCUUUAGCUUCUUUUAGGGAGACCUUGGUGAGGCUGCAUAACUUCGCAAUGCGAAGAUGGUGACCGCUCUCCCAACCUCAAGCACUGAUGCGUUCCGCCCCUUCACCCGGGAAUCACUGGCCCAGAUCAAGAGGGCCCAGGAGGAAAGAAAAAAGGCCGCAGAAGUAGAGGGCCAUGAGGAGGAACAGGAAGAAGCUCCAAAUGCUGACCUGGAGGCAGGAAAGAGUCUGCCCAUGAUCUACGGAGACCCUCCACCAGAGAAACUUGGUGUACCACUGGAGGACCUGGACCCCUUCUACAGAGCACAGAAUACAUUCAUUGUGAUCAGCAAAGGCAACACAAUCUACAGAUUCAAUGCAGAACCAGCUUGUUACAUUCUGAGCCCCUUUAGUUCAGUUAGAAAAGUAGCCAUCAACAUUCUCAUACAUUCAUAUCCUUCCAGUGAUUGUUUCAAAUUAUUUAGCAUGUUCAUCAUGAUCACAAUUUUAUCGAAUUGUGUUUUCAUGACAAUGAGCAACCCACCAGCGUGGAGUAAAACUGUGGAGUAUGUCUUUACUGGUAUUUAUACCUUUGAGGCCACAGUCAAAGUUUUGUCCAGAGGUUUCUGUGUUGGAUCUUUUACAUUCCUUCGAGAUCCAUGGAAUUGGCUGGAUUUCAUGGUGAUCAGCAUGGCAUACAUCACUGAGUUUGUUGACCUUGGCAACGUGUCAGCCCUCAGGACAUUUCGUGUACUUCGAGCCCUGAAAACAAUAACCGUGAUUCCUGGUUUAAAAACCAUCGUGGGCGCUCUCAUCCAGUCGGUGAAGAAAAUGGUGGAUGUCAUGAUUCUUACGGUGUUUGCUCUCGCUGUUUUCGCCCUUAUCGGCCUACAGCUUUUCAUGGGAAAUCUGCGUCACAAGUGUGUGCGAUGGCCCAUUGAUACGAACAGUACAUUUGAAUUUUUCAACACCACGUCAGCGCUCAAUGACACCAUGCCCAUAGAGACCUCGAUGGGCAUUGGUUCUACUGCAUACUCUAACAGUACUUUUAAUUUUGAGGAAUAUAUAGAAAACCCAGAAAAUCACUAUUUUUUGGAAGGCAGCCUCGAUGCUCUGCUUUGUGGAAACAGCUCAGAUGCUGGAAAGUGUCCUGUAGGAUUCACAUGCAUGAAGGCUGGGAGAAACCCCAACUAUGGCUACACUAGCUUUGACUCAUUUGGCUGGGCCUUCCUUGCCCUCUUUAGACUCAUGACCCAGGACUAUUGGGAAAACCUCUUCCAGCUGAUCCUGCGGGCAGCUGGUAAGACAUACAUGCUGUUCUUUGUGGUGAUUAUCUUUCUGGGCUCCUUCUACCUCAUCAACCUCAUCCUGGCUGUGGUAGCCAUGGCUUAUGAUGAACAAAAUCAGGCUACUAUAAGAGAGGCCAAGGAGAAAGAAGAGGAGUUUCAGCGGCUGCUGGAGCAACUCAGGAACCAAGAACAGGCUCACAUUCAGGGCAGCCGAGCUUCUCUCUGCAGUAAGAAGUCACUCACUCAUCAGAGUUUGUCUGACUUGGAAGAUGCCGUACAGAGUCUUGAACCUGAUGGCACUAUCAAGGAUUGCAACGGAAGAGUCAUCCCACGUCUUAUAGUCAGAGCACCCACCCUGGUUCGGUCUGCUGUAGAUUAUGAAGACAAAGAGAAGCCACUAGGCUCUGUGAACAAUAUGCUUCAGCCGUAUGAACCAGGUGGGGCUCAGAGACGUGGGAGUGCUGUCAGUGAGCGCAGUUCAGCUGCCAUGGAAGAGUUGGAGGAUGCCCAGAGGCCGUGCCCCCCGGUCUGGUACAAAUUCGCCAACAUAUUCCUGAAAUGGAACUGCUGCAAGCAAUGGGUGGUCUUUAAAAAAUGGGUGUACUUUGUGGUGAUGGACCCUUUUGUCGACUUGGCCAUUACUAUUUGCAUCGUGCUCAACACCCUCUUCAUGUCCAUGGAGCACUACCCUAUGACACCAGAGUUUGACCACAUGCUUUUAGUGGGGAAUCUGGUGUUCACAAGUAUCUUCACAGCAGAGAUGGUCUUCAAGCUCAUUGCCAUGGAUCCUUACUAUUACUUUCAAGUUGGCUGGAACAUUUUUGACAGCAUCAUCGUCACACUGAGUCUAGUGGAGUUGGGGUUGGCAAACGUUCAGGGCCUCUCUGUCCUUCGGUCUUUCCGUUUGCUCCGUGUCUUCAAGCUAGCCAAAUCCUGGCCAACACUCAACAUGCUCAUCAAGAUCAUUGGUAACUCGGUAGGGGCUCUAGGAAACCUGACUUUGGUCCUGGCCAUCAUUGUCUUCAUCUUCGCUGUGGUGGGGAUGCAGCUUUUUGGCAAGAGCUACAAGGACUGUGUGUGUAAGAUCGCUGAAGACUGUGAGCUACCACGCUGGCAUAUGAACGACUUCUUCCACUCCUUCCUCAUCGUGUUUCGAAUCCUAUGUGGGGAGUGGAUAGAGACCAUGUGGGACUGCAUGGAGGUGGCUGGAGCUGGGAUGUGUCUUGUGGUCUUCUUGAUGGUCAUGGUUAUUGGAAAUCUGGUGGUUUUGAACCUCUUCCUGGCCCUGCUGCUGAGCUCGUUCAGUGGAGAUAACCUCUCAGCGGGAGAUGACGACGGAGAGAUGAACAACCUCCAGAUCGCCAUCGGCAGGAUCACGAGAGGCAUUGACUGGUCCAAAGAAUUUGCCGUACAAAUGCUGCAUAGGAUUCUUGGCACAAAACCCAAAGAUCCCGAGGGAGAACCAGAGGACGAUGGGGACCCUAAAAUGGAGGAGAUUGAAAUGAACCACUUGGACAUGGGUCAGGACUUUAAAGCUCCCGACAGGAUAGCCAACUGCUUAGUGGAAGGCCGGGGUUCUGGAUUUAUUGUGGAUGGAGAGCUCAAUCUCAGUGUGCCAAUUGCCCAAGUAGAGUCAGACUUUGAAAACCUUGAGGAGGAUGAUGAAGAUGAUGAAGAAGAUGCCAAUGACUUUCCAGAUGAAGAAAAUAGCCAUCAGAGCAUAGAAAACUCAGAUGAUGAAGGCUGUCUAUUAAGGAAGGACAAAAUGGGGGCUUUGACAGACGGGGACUCUUCUGUGUGCAGCACAGUGGAUUAUCAACCACCUGAGCCUGAACCAGAAGAGGAGGUAGAAGAAGAACCAGAACCCGUGGAGCCAGAAGCCUGCUUUACAGAUGAGUGCAUAAGACGCUGGCCUUGCCUGACGGUAGACAUCACCCAAGGAAGAGGCAAGAAAUGGUGGAACCUCCGCAGGACCUGCUUCACUAUUGUGGAGCAUGACUGGUUUGAAACCUUCAUCAUUUUUAUGAUUCUGCUCAGCAGUGGAGCUCUGGCCUUUGAGGACGUUUACAUAGAAAAGCGCAGAACUAUCAAAAUUAUUCUGGAAUACUCUGACAAAGUUUUCACCUACGUGUUUGUCAUUGAAAUGCUUCUUAAAUGGGUGGCUUAUGGUUUCAAGACCUACUUCACCAAUGCCUGGUGCUGGCUGGACUUUUUCAUCGUAGACAUUUCCCUGAUUAGUUUAGUGGCCAACUGGAUGGGCUACUCUGAGCUUGGACCAAUCAAAUCCCUAAGGACCCUCAGGGCGCUGAGACCGCUGCGAGCAUUGUCCAGAUUUGAAGGGAUGAGGGUGGUGGUAAAUGCCCUUGUCGGGGCCAUUCCCUCCAUCUUUAAUGUGCUGCUGGUGUGUUUGAUCUUCUGGCUCAUCUUCAGCAUCAUGGGUGUGAACCUGUUUGCGGGAAAAUUCUACUAUUGCGUCAACACCACCUCGGGGGAAUAUUUCCACAUGGAUGUAGUCAACAACAGAAGCGAGUGCAUGGUCACAGAGGAUGCACGUUGGGUCAAUGUCAAGGUCAACUAUGACAAUGUGGGAAAGGGCUACCUGUCCCUGCUCCAAGUGGCGACUUUUAAAGGUUGGAUGGAUAUUAUGUACGCGGCUGUUGACUCCAGAGAGGUAGAGGAACAACCGUCUUAUGAAAUCAACCUCUACAUGUAUAUGUACUUCGUCAUCUUCAUCAUCUUUGGCUCCUUCUUCACCCUUAACCUCUUCAUUGGUGUCAUUAUUGACAACUUUAACCAACAAAAGAAAAAGAUGAGAGAUAAAGACAUUUUCAUGACAGAAGAACAGAAGAAAUACUACGAGGCCAUGAAGAAACUUGGUUCCAAGAAGCCACAGAAGCCAAUUCCACGUCCAACAAAUCUAAUCCAGGGUGUGGUGUUUGAUUUCAUCAGUCAGCGGUUCUUUGACAUCUUCAUCAUGGUGCUCAUCUGCCUCAACAUGGUGACCAUGAUGGUGGAAACGGACAACCAGAGUCCAGAGAAGGAGGAUUUCCUCUUCAAAGUGAACGUGGCUUUCAUUAUUGUCUUCACUGGAGAGUGUGUGCUAAAGCUUUUUGCCCUGAGACAGUAUUUCUUCACCAACGGGUGGAAUAUUUUCGAUUUUGUUGUGGUCAUCUUGUCAAUUGCCGGUACGAUGCUCUCAGACCUCAUUGAAAAGUACUUUGUGUCACCGACUCUCUUCAGAGUGAUCAGACUGGCCAGAAUAGGCAGGAUUUUGCGUCUCAUUAAAGGAGCCAAGGGCAUACGGACACUUCUCUUUGCUCUGAUGAUGUCACUUCCUGCUCUUUUCAACAUCGGCCUGCUGCUCUUUCUCAUCAUGUUUAUCUUUUCCAUAUUUGGCAUGUCAAACUUUGCCUAUGUCAAGAAGGAAGCAGGAAUUGACGACAUAUUCAACUUUGAAACAUUUGGCAGCAGCAUCAUCUGCCUGUUUCAGAUUACCACGUCUGCAGGCUGGGACGGCCUUUUGCUCCCAAUGCUGAACAGUAACCCUCCGGACUGUGAUCCAGAGUUUGAGAACCCAGGCACUGAUGUAAAGGGUAACUGUGGCAGCCCAGGUAUGGGCAUGAUGUUCUUCUGCAGCUACAUCAUCAUCUCAUUCCUGGUGGUUGUGAACAUGUACAUCGCUAUCAUCUUGGAGAACUUCAAUGUGGCACAGGAGGAGAGUGGGGACGCACUGUGUGAGGAGGAUUUUGAGAUGUUCAAUGAGACUUGGGAAAAGUUUGACAUCGAUGGAACUAUGUUCAUUGAGUAUAACAAACUCUCAGAUUUCUGUGAUGCCCUACAGGAGCCACUGAAAGUAGCCAAGCCCAACCGUCUCCGCCUGAUUGAAAUGGAUCUUCCCCUGGUCAUUGGGGACAGGAUCCACUGCCUCGACGUGUUGUUGGCCGUCACACAGAUGGUCCUGGGAGACACAGUGGAAAUGGCAGCAAUGAGGGAGAGUAUCAAGGCUAAGUUCAUCUUGAGUAACCCUACCUCAGACUCCUUCGCACCAAUUACUUCAACAGUACGCCACAAAGAGGAGGAGAGAGCUGCUGUGGUCAUUCAGAGGGCUUACCGCCACCACCUUCUCAAGCGUUGCAUACAUCAUGCUGCCUUCAUGUAUCACUCCAAGAGGAUGGGUAAAAAGGAUGAAGACGAGGAGCCACCCGAAAAGGAGGGGCUGCUUGCGCGAAAGAUGGGAGUUCUGUACGGAAGCAAUGUGGACCUGGCAGAGCAGAUGGAGCAGGCUGCUCUAGAUGCUUUAGUGAAUCAGGAGCCUCCAAAACCUGAGACACUGCUACACAACUCAGGGGUCCCUAGUGGCCCCACAGAGUCCCCCGAGCCAAACACAGUGAUUGUACCUGUAGAAGUUACUAAUGAGAUCUUAUUACAUUCAGCUCCCAACCCACAUAUUUUAGCCCAGCAGGCAAAUCUGAGAGAGACAGUUGUAUAACAAACGGCACUGUUGUUUUUUUACCCGUUUUGAGAGGAGUGGUAGCUUCUAGUUUCACCGAGACCCAUAAUUGAUGCACAUUAAAUGAAAAGAGUGUUGUCAGGCAACUUUAAAUGUCAGACUGUUGGAGUUCAAAAUGGAGUGCAUGGUUUAUGUUCAUUUGAUCUAAUCAGAAAAUCUUCACCUGCUCUACAUUUUGUUCCCAAAUUAUUAACAUUAAUUUGUAAUAAUUAUUUUAGGAGCAUAACGCAUAAAAUCAUAGCUUUUCUUUAAGACACAGUUGAGCCUUUGGAAAAAUAGUAAAACGUAAUUGUGGACCAGAAUCUGGGAUUUUAGCCAUGUCUUGUACAAGUUUUAAAAAAAUUAAACCAAGAUUUUUUUUCCACCCUGUAUUCAAUGAGCUAUUAGAUAUCAGGAAAUUUCAUGUAAAACAUAGAGCAAAGCCAACAUUCAUGCACCCUGUUUUUGACCACAGAAUAACUGGAACCAGAACCUAUAUUAUCUCUUCAAAGGAUUUUUUUAUUUGAUAAUUAAUGACUGUAAACUAAAGUGAAUUCAGCUGUUUAACUGCUUUUAUCAAGCACAGGUGAAUGCCCCAUUUUAAGCAGAGCCAUUAUGUAUUUUGAAUUGUUUUCAUAAUGUAAACGUAUUAAAAAGAGUCAGAAAUAUUUGAGGCAAAGAAUCUUUGAAUAAAUGUAACUUUGUCCUCAAUGUUUUCUUUUUCUUUAAGACAAUGGAAAAUUAAAAGAAAGAAUCUAACUUCUGCUAUUUAAAAAGCCCCCCCGCCCCUCACAGUACAGUGGCCAUAACUUAAUAAUUAUCAGUUUAACAGCUGCUUGUGAGAACUAUGUUAAAAAGGCGAGACAUGUAGAGUAUGUCGUUCAGAUUCACCUCUGUUUACCCUGAUAAACAUUUCAAGAUUUUACUUUAAACCCAACAUCUUUACUAUAAUUACUUUUAGCUAAUGCACUUAACACCUGACCCUGAAUGCAACACAUGGCCAAAUUUUGGCUCACCCCAAAAGCCUAGUUUAUAUUGCACUAUUUAUAUCCCUUCUCAGUCAAAUAAGAGCAGCUGACUUUCUCAGCCUGAGAGAAGAAGACUGAUUUCACCUUUGAUAUAUAGAUGUCCUACUGUUUUGUCAACUUUUUUUUACUAUUUGUGGCUUGGAUAUUUGGUCUUUUUGAGAAAAGCUUCAAAGAUGAAUUACUUUGGUGUCUGAAGACGCAGAUGAUGAUCUUGUUUACACUCUAGUGCAUGCCUAACAGAACCCCCAAUUUGACAUUAUGUGCAGAGACCCUUUAUUUUUCCAUUGAAGGAAUUCAUUUGAACUGUGGUUCUAUUUACACCAUCACACAUGUUGCAAACCUGUUUUAUUUGCUAAGUCUUAACUGAACUUUAAACGUCUUACUCUGAAUAUGAACAACACAUCACAUGCACUUUUAAAGUUUUAAAUCAUUGUUGUUGUUUUUUUAACCAUAAAACCAUAGAUAGCAGAAGCUCCUCUGUUUUAUUUGUUCAACAAGAGAAAGCAAAAACAUUGAACACCUCCUUUAAGCUUUUUCGUGUCUUAUCGUGACAGGUUCUUGUGCUGGAUGUCUUUAGUGUGACCUGCAGAUAUCUACAGCGCCUGCAGGAGCUCCAGCCUCUGAUGAUGGUAAUAAAACGGGACAUUUUCUUUCUUCUGUUUACAUUUGAAAUGGAGAGGAAAUGAUUGCUGCCACACCGACACUGUCACCGUCUGUACAUACGUGUUUUCUUCUUGUAAAUUUAUAUCAUUUUGUUAUUGUAAAAACUGUAAUAUGGU